AUGGAGCCUCCGGACUUCGAAGCUCUGAACUUCACGGUGCAGCAGACGGAGCCGGUGUACCCGCUGUGUGAGGCAUGGAGAGACGGCUCGGAGGGCUCCGUGUUCCACCUCGCCAAUAUAUUCCUCUUCUUUGGCUUCAUGGGCGGCAGCGGCUUUUAUGGACUCCUCUACCUGUUCACCUUCCUGACUCUGGGCUUCUUCUGCACCAUAAUAUGGGCCUGGUCGGACCCCUGCACCACGGACUCUCUGCUGUGGGGGCUGGCUCUCUUCGGGGUCUGCUUCGGACAAGUCCUGCACGUCGCCUUCAGGCUGCGGAGCGUCUCUUUCGAGAAGGAAUUCCAGGAACUUUACAACUGCAUGUUCAAAAAACUUGGAGUGUCGCUCACACAUUUUGGGAAGAUAGUGGCCUGCUGUGACGGAGACAUCCACAGUCUGGACACGGACCACUGCUUCGCCAUAGAGGGAAAAACCGCGAUUGAUAAGCUGUCGGUGCUCCUGUCCGGCAGAAUCCGUGUGACAGUCAAUGGAGAGUUUCUGCAUUUCAUCUACCCUUUCCAGUUUUUGGAUUCACCUGAGUGGGACUCUCUCCGGCCAUCAGAGGAGGGAGUAUUCCAGGUGACCCUGCGUGCUGAUAACCCCUGCCAAUAUGUAGCAUGGAGGAGGAAGAAGCUCUAUCUGCUUUUUGCUAAGCAUCGCUACAUAGCCAAGAUCUUUGCCCUGGUUGUGCGCAAUGACAUUGCAGAGAAGCUGUACUCCCUUAAUGACAAGGCUUUCAACAGGUCCAGGCACCGCUAUGAUCUCCGCUUACCAAGUUACUGUCACAUGCCAGGGACCGAAUUAGAAAAAACAGAUGUCUUCCUGCAAGUGCCGGUGCAGGGUGAAAGGAUGGCCUGA